CCAGUGACGGGGCAGAGCGAGCCGGCACCGCGGCUGCCAUGUUGCGGGGGAAGUGACCGUGUUUCGCCGGGCUGAGCGUCUCUCUCUCUGCGGCGGGCGGGCAGCAGGACUCGGAGUGCGGGCUGUGCGGCGGUGCGGGCGGGUCGGGCUGGGCUCAGGGCGGCGGUUCUCCGGCUCCGCGUGCUGAUCUGUAGCUCCGCUCCGGGAUCGGGAAGAUGGCGGACCCGGCGGAGUGCACCAUUAAGGUGAUGUGCCGCUUUAGGCCGCUGAACAAGUCGGAGGUGGAGAGAGGGGACAAGUACAUCCCGCGGUUCCAGGGCGAGGACACGGUGGUGAUCUCGAGUAAACCGUAUGUAUUUGAUAGAGUUCUACAGUCCAACACGACCCAGGAGCAAGUAUAUAAUACUUGUGCUCAGAAGAUUGUCAAAGAUGUUCUGGAUGGCUAUAACGGAACCAUUUUCGCUUAUGGGCAAACGUCUUCUGGCAAAACGCACACAAUGGAGGGUAAUCUCCAUGACACAGACUCGAUGGGAAUUAUUCCCAGAAUAGUGCAGGACAUUUUUAACUACAUUUACUCCAUGGAUGAAAACCUGGAGUUUCAUAUCAAAGUUUCAUAUUUUGAGAUUUAUUUGGAUAAGAUUCGGGAUCUUUUGGAUGUGUCAAAGACUAAUCUAUCAGUACAUGAAGACAAAAACAGAGUUCCCUAUGUGAAGGGAUGCACUGAGCGGUUUGUGUGUAGUCCAGAAGAGGUGAUGGACACCAUCGACGAGGGCAAAUCCAACAGACAUGUAGCCGUAACAAACAUGAAUGAACACAGCUCCAGAAGUCACAGCAUCUUCCUGAUCAACGUGAAGCAGGAAAACACUCAAACAGAGCAGAAACUCAGCGGCAAACUCUACCUGGUUGACUUGGCUGGAAGUGAGAAGGUCAGUAAAACUGGAGCCGAAGGUGCCGUUCUGGAUGAAGCCAAAAACAUUAACAAAUCUCUGUCCUCACUGGGGAACGUCAUCUCUGCACUGGCAGAGGGAACGGCUUACAUUCCCUACCGAGACAGUAAGAUGACCAGGAUCUUGCAGGACUCUCUGGGGGGGAACUGCAGGACUACCAUCGUCAUCUGCUGUUCCCCUUCUAGCUUUAACGAGGCAGAGACUAAAUCUACACUCAUGUUUGGACAGAGAGCGAAGACGAUUAAGAACACUGUGUGUGUGAACGUGGAGCUGACAGCAGAACAGUGGAAGAAGAAAUAUGAAAGAGAGAAGGAGAAGAACAAGGUCCUGCGUAACACCAUCACAUGGCUGGAGAAUGAACUGAACCGCUGGAGGAAUGGUGAGACGGUUCCUGUGGACGAGCAGUAUGAUAAGGAGAAGGCUAACAUGGACGCUGUGGUUCUGGAUAACGUUGUGAAUAACGACAAACCAGCCUCCACACCGGGAAUACCUGCUGUUCCUGGAGUACCUGGAGUCCGCCUCACUGACGGGGAGCGGGACAAGUGUGAGGCAGAGCUCACCAAGCUCUACAAACAACUGGAUGACAAAGAUGAUGAGAUUAAUCAGCAGUCUCAGCUGGUAGAGAAACUCAAGCAACAAAUGCUGGAUCAGGAGGAGCUGUUGGCCUCGUCACGGCGAGACCACGAUAAUCUGCAGACGGAGCUGACCCGUUUACAGCUGGAGAACGAGGCGUCCAAGGAGGAGGUGAAGGAGGUUCUUCAGGCUUUGGAGGAGCUCGCUGUCAACUACGAUCAGAAGAGCCAGGAGGUGGAAGACAAGACCAAGGAGUUUGAAGCCCUCAGUGAAGAGCUGAACCAGAAAUCUACCAUCCUAACCUCUAUAGACUCAGAGCUGCAGAAGCUGAAGGAGAUGACCAAUCACCAGAAGAAGCGAGUGACUGAGAUGAUGUCGUCUCUGCUUAAGGACCUGGCUGAGAUUGGCAUCGCUGUAGGCAGCAAUGAUGUAAAGCAGCAUGAGGGCAGUGGGUUGAUUGAUGAGGAGUUUACUGUGGCCAGGCUGUACAUCAGCAAGCUGAAGUCGGAGGUGAAGACCAUGGUAAAGCGCUGUAAGCAGCUGGAGAGCAGCCAGUCUGAGAGCAACAAGAAGAUGGACGAGAACGAGAAGGAGCUGGCUGCCUGCCAGUUACGGAUCUCCCAGCAUGAGGCAAAGAUCAAGUCUCUGACGGAGUAUCUGCAGAACGUGGAGCAGAAGAAGAGGCAGCUGGAGGAAAACGUGGACUUGCUCAAUGAAGAGAUUGUCAAAAUCAGUGCUCAAGAGAAAGUCCAGGCCCUGGAAAAGGAGAACGAGAUACAGAGCACCAACGAGGUGAAGGAGGCCGUAGAGAAACAGAUACAGAGUCACAGAGAAGCUCAUCAGAAGCAGAUCAGCAGCCUGAGAGAUGAACUGGACAGCAAGGAGAAGUUAAUCACAGAACUGCAGGAUCUAAAUCAGAAGAUUAUUCUGGAGCAGGAGCGUCUGCGGGUCGAGCACGAGAAGCUCAAAUCUGCUGAUCAGGAGAAGAGUCGCAAGUUGCACGACCUCACGGUAAUGCAGGAUCGCAGGGAGCAGGCCAGGCAGGACCUGAAGGGGCUGGAGGAGACCGUGGCCAAAGAACUUCAGACUCUUCACAACCUUCGGAAACUCUUUGUUCAAGAUCUGGCGACCCGGGUGAAAAAGAGUGCAGAAAUGGACUCUGAUGACACGGGUGGCAGCGCAGCACAGAAGCAGAAGAUCUCUUUUCUGGAGAACAAUCUAGAACAACUCACCAAGGUCCACAAGCAGCUGGUGCGGGAUAACGCAGAUCUGCGCUGCGAGUUGCCCAAGUUGGAGAAGCGCCUGCGGGCCACGGCCGAGAGGGUGAAGGCUCUUGAGACGGCUCUAAAAGAGGCCAAAGAAAAUGCAGCACGGGACCGCAAACGCUACCAGCAGGAAGUGGACCGCAUCAAAGAAGCCGUGAGGGCGAAGAACAUGGCCCGCCGCGGACACUCCGCACAGAUCGCUAAACCCAUCCGUCCAGGACAGCCUCCUGUAGCCUCUCCCACACACCCCAACGUAGUUCGUGGAGGAGGGGGCGGCACCCUCUUCCAGAACAGCCAACCAGCUGCUAUCAGAGGGGGAGGUUCCAACAAACAAGAGAAGAGUUGAAGGCGAGGUGCUGCUUGCUCAUCACAGAAAAUGCAGAAUGCCGAUGACGCCAUGGAACCCUUUCAUUCCAUUAACAUGAUCCCUCCCCAGCGCAUCUGAGGAAAAGUUUUAAAUACAAAUAAUCAUGGGCUGUACAGAUCCACUCCCCACUUUAUUUUCCUUCUGUUAAAAACAGCUGAUCGUUUCAUGAACACUUGUACAUGUGUGCACAAAAUAGCAAAAACAAAAAACACAUAAGAAAAGUAUAUAGAAAUAAAACGCAACGCAGCACUGGUCCCAAAACAACACACAACCCUAAACGAGAGUCGUGAAUGUACCGCAGUUAACUCCUCCUCUCUUGCGGUCGGUUGUACUCGUCCUUCAGCUGCUCUGCACCAUAUCGAGAAACUGUCGCGUGCAGUGGUUUUGUCAGUCAUACAGAAACACGAGAAGAUCUUUAAAACAACACACAUCUAUUAAACACUCGUUCGGCUGUUCUCCGCACUGUUCCACUACGUUCAGUGAACUUGUUAAUUGGUGUUUAGCUACUGGAACUCGAGAGGGGGGUGGUCCUAAAAGAAGACGGUCCCGGCUCCACUCGUUCAUAUGAAGUAAUGGAUUUCUGUCGUCUUGGUGGGAAACGUUUGAGUGGAAUCUUUAUAUCUACCACUACUGCUCUGCUGUACAUAGAGAAAGACUGUAACAGUUAUAAAGAAGCUGAUAAUGGUUGAUGGUUUUUACUUUGUAAGAAAUUAACUUAAUGAUUUUGAAAUGGGUGGGUGGGCGUGGUUAAAGUAGAAGGACUCUAGUGGUGAAUAAUCAGAGUUGAAUUAAUAGGUGAACACUUUAAGAUUCCUUUUAAUGCAGUUUUUAAAGCGUUAUCACUGAUGGCUUAUGGUCUCUUCAGGAACGUGAACUUAAGAUCCUGUCCUACAGAUGGGACUUUUCGAUGAUUCUGACCUGGAAUAGAAAAUAGGGAGAAAUAUGGGGCAGUUGGUUCUCAAAUCACCUGUUGUUUAGGCUUGAGUGCAUUAUUAGCUGUGUGACUUUGGAUCAUUGACUUUUGGAAAUUUCUGGUUAUGAUUCCUGUAUUAAUUAAUAUCCCAAUUACAUUUUGCUGAAAAAAAAAAUACCAAUGUCUUUUUUUCCGUGUAUCAAGCAGCCCUACAUUCCACCCUGUAUAUUUAAUUCUGUCCUGCCUCUGUUGCCGAUCAGCCAGUCGGUUUAGCAGAUGAUCUAGUGGGCGGGCCGUUUCCUCAGCUUGCACUUUUCUUCUUCUUCUUUUUUUUUUUUUAGUCAUUAUUUGUUUGGGAUUGAAUCAAUUUUUCGUUGUCUUUGCUGUUUGCACAAUACUGUAGCAACAGAUACAGUCUACAUACUGAUCCAUCUUUUAAUCCUGUAUCUUAAUACCAGUAAUGACCACAACAGGUAGUUUGAGGACCAUACUGUUGACUCUGAAAAGCAAUAAACCGUUCGAAUGACACUAUUAAUGUAAAUCCACAGAGCGAGGGCAUCAUCUCUUUUAUCUGUAAUCUCCGCAUACCCGUAAGCCUCUAAUGAUUUAAAUCUAUUUCUUCACAAAUCGUGAGCGAAGGAUUUGCAGUAAUACUUCUGAACUCUACACACUGGGACUGAAAUGAGUAGCUAGCUGAUGUUAUUGAAGGUUAGCAGUGGUUUCUGUGCCCAUAUAAACACUCCAGGUUUGGUUGGUUUAAGCCCUGCAGCAAUAUUUUGAGGGCUAGAGUACUGGCUGUAUAUUAGCCCCAAACAUUUUCUUCCUGCUGAUUUACCAACUACAGAGAUCAGCUCUUCGCCGGAACUGUCACGAUACUUUGCAUUAAGCUUGAAGAGAAUUUGCUGCUUAUUAUUACUGUGUAAGAGUAACUCCACCAGUAAAGGAGGGGGGAGGAGUGACCAAUGGAGAACAGCACUGGAUCAUUCCAAGAGAAAAAGGGCACAAACGGACGGUUCUUGCUGAAAGAGGACUGGUCGGGACGGGAGGGAUGGACUAGAUGAUGUUAUCUUUUUCUGGAGGGACUGCAUGAUGUACAUGUAUGUGUGAUUAAAUAAUUAUGAUUAAAAGUCA